UUGUCUCCUGAAAUCUUGACGCUUGCAGCCAGCUGGAUGGGAGGAAAGAGAGUCAGGCAAAGACAAACAUGGUAAGAAAAUACUUUCUUAAUUCUUUUGCCGUGACCCAAACAUGAAGAGAGCUCUAACAUAUAUACUCUUUAUUUAUGUGGUGGUUGGUAUAACCAGAGAAUGCGCCAAUAAUGGGGUAUUUUAUUUCUAUUUUUGUAAAACAAACGUUGCCUUCGACGUUAGCAGUAGCUAACUAGCUCACGAUUGUGACUAGCCAGCAUCGCUAAGCUUGCUAGGCUGAAAGCCAGCUGACAAACACAAUUAUCUAAUCAAAUUACUAUGGUUCAAUCUGUGAAUCGUAGUCGAUGGGAUUUUGCUAUUACAAUAUCUGUUCAACCGUUGCUUAAACGUAAAGCUAGCCCCCCUUUGCAUACUGACAGUUUAUUGCAACCGUUUACUGCUGUCAGGUAGCAUGUUAUGCUAGUUUUCUUGUUGCUUUCAUCUGGAUGUGUUCGACCAUGGUUAACAAUGUAUGAUUUACCCACAGAUGUUGAUCAGAAGAGUUUUGCCAGCUGACCAAAAAAACACUGACCAGCCAUAACAUUAUAAACACCCGGGUAAUCUGAUGCAACCCAAUCCAACAGCUGUACCAUGAACUCCUCUUUAGGAAGCUUUGACAUGUUCAGCUUUUGUUGACAUGAUCAGACAGGUGAUUAUUGCACUGAGUAUUUAUUACUGAAGGUGUAGUGAACAAUGGGGUCAUGGUGAUGUAUUUUGUUUUAAAAUAUGUUUCUUAUAUCAUAUUUAUAUUAAUAAAUUAACAUGAAACAAGCAAAAUAUUGGGAAGACCUGUCAGUAUUAUGCACCUAGGUACACUCCCAACACCCACAGCAGCAAAUCAUGCCAACAAAAAUGAAAAAGUAGACGCUUCAUAAAAGUAAAUGCAUUUGAUUGCCUGGAAGUGUAUAAUGUUAUGGCUAGUUAUUGUACUUAGUGCAUCACAAAAUAUGAGUUUGAUUUGUAACUGUGCUUUAUGCAUUUCUGAAUGUGUAUUUGUUAUUGUUUUGUUUUGCUCUUGUCUGAUCAUGUAUUUUGAUGUUUUCUGUGUCCUUGUUCAGAACAAGCUGAAGUCCUCACAGAAGGAUAAAGUUCGUCAGUUCAUGGUUUUCACUCAGUCCAAUGAGAAGACUGCACUAACCUGUCUGUCACAGAAUGAUUGGAAAUUAGAUGUUGCCACUGACAAGUUUUUCCAAAAUCCGGAGCUCUAUGUUUCAAACCUAAAGGGGGCCUUAGACAGGAAGAAGCUUGAGCAGCUGUACAACAGAUACAGAGGUAUGAAAGUCUCUUUUAUGUGUAAGACUGAAGAACCUAUGUAAUCGCCACUACUAACAUCUUUUUGCUGAUCUACUGCUGAAAUCAGGGAAGAAUCACACAAUUUAAUCAAAAUGAACACAAGUGUAAAGUUUUAUUAACUGAUAAAAAAUUGUUUGGUUUUAAACUGAAAGAUCAAAUCACCCCUUACACUCUGUUUACUUACUUAGAUCCGCAUGAUGACAACAAGAUCGGUAUUGACGGGAUCCAGUUAUUCUGUGAUGACCUGAGUCUUGACCCGGCUAGUAUAAGUGUACUACUUAUUGCCUGGAAGUUCAGGGCAGCAACACAGUGUGAGUUCUCAAAACAGGAGUUCAUGGAUGGCAUGGCAGAACAGGGGUGAGUGUGUUAGGUGGUCCAAACAAACAUGAAAUCUUUCCUUUUUACUUUUGUGUAGGAUGCAGAGCUGCCUUUUGAUUUCUUAGAGAAGAAUUUCAGGUCAGGUAAACACGCCAAGAAUGUCUUAAAAUAUGGCGUCACAAGGUGGUAGACUUCAAAUGUUUGCAUUUGUUUAUGUAUUUAACAGUGUAAUAUAUUAACUGUGUGUUUUCCUGAUUACAUACACUCUCUUGUUAAAAGAGCACAGAUUCAGCCUCUGAAAAUAUCACUUUUAUUGUAUUCCCUUGAUAUGCAUAGAAAUACUGUUCAGCUUGUAACAAGUGCUGCAAAGAGUUAUACAGUAUUGUUAGGAAUACAGGAGGAAAGGCUUUUUUUUACUUAGCUGCUGGUUUACAAAGUGAUACAUUUAUUUCUCUUCAAAUGCAUAUUUUUUGCGUCGUCAUAAAAUAAAACAAACAGUCUCUUUUCUUGUUUUCCCAGCUGUGACAGUAUAGAGAAGCUUAAAGCUCAGCUGCCAAAAAUGGAGCAAGAGUUGAAGGACCAAGGGAAAUUUAAAGACUUUUACCAGUUUACAUUUAAUUUUGCGAAAAAUCCAGGCCAGAAAGGUUUGGGUAAGAAUCUUUCUGUGAUCAUUACAGCACUUGUUUUUCACUUUAUUAAACCUGUAUUGACCCAUGACUGUUUUUUUUCUUACAGAUUUAGAAAUGGCUAUUGCAUAUUGGAACUUAGUACUGGCUGGAAGAUUCAAGUUCCUGGAUUUGUGGAACAGGUUUUUAGUUGUAAGUGAACAAUCACAGUCAAGAUUGCUAAAAGAGAUGCAAAUUUCUAUGUUCACAUUUUGUUGCAUGAACAUGUUUUACAGGAGCAUCACAAAAGAUCCAUUCCUAAAGACACUUGGAACCUCUUACUAGACUUCAGCACAAUGAUCACAGAUGAUAUGUCAAACUAUGAUGAAGAAGGUUUGUGUAGCAUUUAGUCAAAGCAGAAAGGGAACUCAUUUUCCAGUUCUGCAUAAUUUAUUGUUUGAGUGCCUGCCCAGCUUCAUUAUAAUGUACUUACUAAUGACGGGUUGUCAUAGUCUUUGUUUUAUUUGAUUUUGUGUGUGUAUGUGUGUUCAACAGGAGCAUGGCCUGUCCUUAUCGAUGACUUUGUGGAGUUUGCACGGCCACACAUUGGGACAAAAAGCACAGCAGUUUAAAAGCGGCUCUCACUAAGGAGACAUCCAGUGAGGUGUCUACAAGGGAGAGCGCGCUGUGAAAGGAUGACAAGGGGACCGCACUGAGUUGAGAACUAUGUUGCCUUUUCAACCCUCAGGACUGAAAUAUUUUACACAGCAGAGACUUUAUAUAUGUUUGUUUGUAUUUACAUAUAUAAAAAAGGCAUAUCUCUUUGUUGGUCACCUUGUGGUGGUUUGGAACUUUCAUCUAAAGUAUUGGGCUUUUUGUGUGCGCUCAAGCCAAAUAGAGAGGAGUCGCCAUCUUGGUCCACAUGGUUCAUUGAUGUGGUUGGGCUCCACUCAGACGCAGGUAGAUAGACACACUUUUGAAUUGUAAUCUAAACACAAGGGUUUGCAAGGGGAUAUUGUUCUUUUAAUAUUGACUUUAAUACUUGUGUGCUUUCUGGAUUUUGUUAUUGUUUUAUGAUACAUUUGUGUGACAAGUCAGUAUAAAAAAUUGAUUGUAAUUUUUUAAGGAUAAUGCUGUUUUGUUUAAACACAAAUGUAUUAAGAUAAAAUAAAUGUUUCAAUUUGUUAUCUUUAAA